CGAGAUCGAUCACAGAACGCCCCCGCUGAUGGGUAUUCCCGGGUGUACGGGUCGCUUACAACAGGCGGCCCUUUCUCAGCUUCCUCAGCCUCUGUGGGCUGCCUCGAACCAUACUAUUAUUAAUUGUGAGCUGAUUUACUUCAAGGCCAUUUCCCGCACCAUCCUACAGGGUUGGUGAGAUGGACCAGACGGUGACCGACGCCUUCUUUCGGUCACUGGCCGUGUCACCUCCGACGUUCCCGGGACCGAAAUUUGAGCCUUGAUGGUGGCGGUCUCGACUCUCUCCGCGGCGCCCACGGAGAAAGACAUUUCCUCUCUUCACUCACUCUUUCCGCUGCGAUAUUUGCCCAUGAUCGACGUGGCAGAAUUACAUUUCCCAUCGCACCGCGUGUCGAGUGGUCCCACCCCUCCGCCGUAAAAGGCUCCAGAACUCGGUGAUAUGCUGCCAAUGGGAAAAACCCGGUACUCCAAGUGGAAACCCACGACCACCUUGCGCCAGGAACCGCCCGUUGGGUCGGGACCAGGAAGAUCAAUGCCUUUUCCCGUUGCAAAGCUCGGUGUCACAAGGCCCUGAUAAAUACUCGGGCAAGCGCCCGAAUGCAUCAUCAUCCCGAGUUGCAAGUCCCUAUACAACUUCAGACGAACACCCUCAACUUCAUAUUUCAACCCCUAAUAACCCCCACACUUGCCCUAUCCAUAUCAUCAGUGGCCUUCCUUAAGGCACAACCAUCAUUCAGAAUGACCCUCACCGACGCCCAAAUAUCCAUCGUCAAAUCCACCGCCCCUGUCCUCAAGCAACACGGCGAAGCCAUCACCACCGUCUUCUACAACGACCUCAUCACGGAGAACCCCUCCCUCAAAAACAUCUUCAGCCUUACCUCGCAAGCCACCGGCGCCCAACCGCGCGCCCUCGCCCACGCCGUCCUCGCCUAUGCCACCUACAUCGACAACCUUUCCGCGCUCUCGGAGGCGGUCGCGCGCAUUGCGCACAAGCACGUGUCUCUCCAAGUCGAGCCGGCGCAGUACGCUAUUGUCGGCCAAUACCUGAUCCAAGCCAUCGGCAAGGUUCUGGGCGAUGCGGCGACUCCCGAGAUUGUAGACGCUUGGACGGCGGCAUAUGGAGUUUUGGCGAACGUUUUUAUUGGCGUCGAGGGAGGCAUGUACGAGGAGAAUGAAAAGAAAGACCACUGGAAGGGGUGGAGGAAGUUCAGGAUUGCGAGGAAGGUGGAGGAGAGCAGUUCCAUUUCGAGCUUUUACCUGAGGCCCGUGGAUGGGGCCACUCUGCCCAAGUAUCUGCCUGGCCAGUAUGUGUCUGUGCAGGUGCUGGUCUCGCAGUUGGGGUAUUUGCAGAGUAGGCAGUACAGCUUGAGCGAGGCGCCGAAGGAGGGCGGGAUGGAGGAAUAUCGUAUUAGUGUCAAGAGGGAGGAAGGGGAAACCGGUGCGCCGGGACUGGUUUCCAACUUGCUCCAUGGUAUGCAAGAGGGCGCGGAGGUGGAGGUUAGUCAUCCCCAGGGCGAGUUCUUCCUUGACCCCGCGGAUGCAAGCAAGGAGGGGGUGCCGGCUGUGUUGAUCUCGGUGGGCGUGGGCGCUACUCCGAUGAUGGCUAUCCUCAAGAGCUUGCUUCAGGAGAAUGUCAAGAGGAGACCGGUGUCGUGGAUCCAUGCGAGCAAGUCGAGCUCGACGCAGCCGUUUGGCGAGGAGGUGAGGCGCAUCGUCAAGGAGAACCCUGAGCAGGUGUCGGCACAUGUGUUUCUGAAGACGGUGGCUGGUACGGAUCAGGCCGGUGUGCAUUACGAUUUUGCGGAUACGAGGAUGGACUUGACCAAGUUGGAUGGGGAGCGGGAUCUGCAUUUGGCGGAUAAGAGGACCGAGUACUACAUCUGCGGACCGGAGACGUUUAUGGUGGAAACCAGGAAAGUGUUGGUUGGUCUUGGAGUAGAUAAGAGCAAGGUGCACUUGGAGCUUUUUGCUACGGGUUUCGUUGCUGAUGAGUAGCUGAUGGAAUUCGGAGUUGUUAAUAGCGUAGUAGUGUAAGAUAGAGGUUUUUUCUUUCCAGUUACGAGCGAGAUUUUGAUACCUACUUAGAGAAGGGGCCUUGAAGUUCGGAGUUUCACUCAAAAGUAUUUUUUUGAUGACUAUACAGAAUUCCAUAAAUCGAUCUACUGUGUACGUGAGAACAUCUUGUUAUGUGACUUGCAAUGCUCUUCUCGAUGUCGGGGAUGGACAUGAUCAUGAUAUUGAACGGAAAAGAUAGAAGAAACCCAAGCUGCCAGCA